AUGACUUCUUCUGGGCCCACUGCGACCAAGUCCGACUACCUUGUCGUCGGCGCGGGCGUCAACGGCACAUCCAUCGCGACCUCGCUAGUCCACCUCGGCUUCAGCGUCACGCUCCUCGACCGCUCGCAGGACGGCUACGUCGCACCAGACGGCGCGUCGAACGACCUCAACAAGAUCAUCCGUGCCGACUACACAGACGCCAACUACUGCACGCUCGCAAAGGAGGCUAUCUCGCUGUGGCGCACACACCCGGUGCUGUCGAAAUUCUACCACGAGGUCGGCGUGCUGUUCCGCUCGAGCGACAAGGGCGAGGUGUGGGGGGAGCGCGGAGGCAACAGUGCGCAGGAGUAUGUGAGGAAGGGCGUGGAGCAUGCACAUCUCAAGAAGGAUGCACAUUUGGAGGUGGGCGCCAGCUUGCCGAGGAGGGCGUAUGUGCUGGAGCGCGAUGCGCAGGUGGCAGAGCUGUUGAGCGCGAACGACGCGGUUGCGCUGGGCGAAGGUCUGCGCGGGAUGGGCAGCACGCAGACGGGCUACUUCAACCCCAGAGGUGGCUGGGCCGAGGCGAACAACGCCUGCCGUGCACUGCUCCAACACGCGGUUCGCCAGGGUGUGCAGCUGCACCCGCGCUCCACCGUCACCGCCUUUAUCACGGACAACAACAACGCCAUCGUCGGCGUAAAGACGCACGACGGCCGAUCGUUCUAUGCGGACCACAUCGUUCUCGCCGCGGGAGCGUGGACCUCAGAUCUGCUCACCACACUCGUCCCGCCGCGUACGGCGGUGCACAAGGCCGGCUGGAUGACCCGCCCCUCGGCACAGUGCGUUGCCAUCCUCCGCCUCACCGCGGCCCAAGCAGCCGCGCUCCGCCACACGCCAGUCAUGAUCAACUUUGCCUCAGGCUUCUACCAGUUCGAGCCGACGUUCAACUCAGAGUGCAACGAGUGGCACAUGAAGAUUGCCUACCACUCGAACGGGUAUGUGUACCCCAAGCCGGCAGUGCACUGCAACGGGCGGUAUCCGGCGUUCGAGGCGUCGGCGCUCGAGGCCGAGAGGACACCCAGCCGCCAGAUUGGCGCGGAGGGGGAUGAGGGCGACGACGUCGGGUACGAUAUGGCCGCGCGCUCAAUUCCGGCUGCGCAUCUCGAUGCCAUGUUGGCCGAGCUCGGACAGGUAUACCCGCAGCUGGCGAGGCGCGAGAACGUCGUUGAAACACGCGUGUGCUGGUACAGCGACACGUUGGACGAGAACUGGAUCCUGGACUCGCUCGAUCACCAUCCGUAUUUCUCCUCCCAAACCACCAGCGGUACAUCUUCGGGCGCGCCCGCGUUCGGCAGCAACGUCUGGGUAGUCAGCGGCGACUCUGGCCACGCCUACAAAUUCCUCCCCAUGAUCGGCUCGCUCUUCACCACCAUCGCCCGCCUCCAACCCAACACCCGACAACUCGACCUCACCAAGUUCACCUUUGCUCAUCAGCAAAAACUCCAUGCACAGAAAGCCGACGGCGCCAAGAUAGAGAGUGCCGACAGCAACCGCUUCAGCGGCGAUGGUGCGCAGAAGGAGACGGCCAAAGUCGAGCGCAAUGCGAGGGCGAGGUUGUAA